GGCCGGCAGCCGGCAUGGUGCACCUGUACAACCUGCACCCGUUCGGGUCGCAGCAGGUCGUGCCCUGCAAGCUGGAGCCCGAGCGGUUCUGCGGCGGGGGCCGCGACGCGCUGUUCGUGGCGGCCGGCUGCAAGGUGGAGGCGUUCGCGGUGGCCGGCCCCGAGGGGUGCCGGCCGCGGGGCACCUUCUCCACGCUGGGCCGGGUGCGGCGCCUGGUCUACAGCGAGCGCGGAGACUAUUUGGUGGCAAUUGAAGAGAAGAACCAAGCCACGUCGCUCCGUGCCUACGUGAACUGGAGGAGCAAGCGGAUGGAGGAGGCGCGCGUGUGCAUCCGCAUGCAGGGCCAUCGCGUGGAGACGCCCCCCGCCGGGAGCUGCAGGGACCAGAUGUCCAUUGUGGAGAUGCCGCUGGCCGAGGCCCCGCUGUGCCUCUCCUGCUGCCCCGUGAAGGGAGACCUCCUGGUUGGCUGUGCCAACAAGCUGGUCCUGUUCACUCUCAAGUACCAGAGCAUCGGUGACGAGUUCUCGGUGGUGGACUUCGAGCGGGCUCUGAUCGUGCACAUACACAGCGUCACCCCCAUCGAGAUUUCUUUCUGCCUGGGAUAUAUCGCAGUCAUGUCGGACUUGGAGGUCCUCAUCCUGAAGCUGGAGUCGGGCGCGAAACACGCCGAUCGUCAUCCGCCCCACGCACCUAAGGCCAGCGGUGCAGGGGAACGGCCUAGAGGCCCUAGGGAUGAAAGUCUGCAGCUUGAAUCAGAUGAUUUUGUUUUCUGCCAAAAGCCUUUAGAACUUCUUGGAGAAAAAAGUGAACAGUGUGGCCUGAGUGUUACCCUGGAGUCCACCGGACUUGCUGAGGAGAAAAUCAAAGGCUUUCGUGUUCAGCAUCUGCUCUAUAGGCGUUUCGCUCCCGAUAUCUCGUCCUUUGAGCUGCUCGAUGACAUCAGGCUACAUUCCCUCCAGCUGCUCCCCCUGUACCGCCCUGCUGCGGCCUCUCCUCCUCCCGACGGGACGCACCCGCCUCAGGACCGAGAGCUGCUCAGCCUCUUCUGCUUCUUCUCCCUGCCCCACCUGGGCUACCUCUACAUGCUCGUCAGGUCGGUGGAGCUGCUGUCGGUGUAUCAGUACCCCGAGAGGGCGCGGCAGGCCGUGCUCACGCCGCAGUUCCUGCACGUCAUCACCAGUAACAACCUGCAGUGCUUCACGGUGCGGUGUGGCGCGGCGGCGGCGGUCGAGGAGGACCCUUAUGGGGACAGCACCCUGCAGGCGUGCCCCCCGGUCAGCAUGGACGUCUGCGCCUUGAGGAUCCAGCUGUUCAUUGGCUUGAGGGCCCUCUGCCACUUCCGGAACCACCUCGUCCUUCUCACCAAGGCGGACCCCGAGGCCAGCCCGGAGAGAAGAGAGACUCCCAGGAGGGCGCGUUCUAGAAAAGAUGCCCAUCUAAAGCUCAAAGUCCCUCCUGCGACUGAGGCUGGCUGGAAUCUCUACAUCGUGGAUACCAUCUCGCCCGUGCAGCUCUACAGAGAAAUGAUCGAGUACAGUAACACCUACAGGAGCGCCGGGACGCAGAGCUGCAUCCACCUGCUCAGCGAGGCGCAUCUGCUGCUGAGAGCCGCCCUGAUGGACGCCGGCCAGCUGGAACCUGGAGAGAAGGAGGAGCUUCUGGAAGCGUUCAAGGAAAGCUGUGGGCACCUGGGGGACUGCUACAGCAGGCUGGACUCACAGCACUCCCACCUCGCCCUGCCCUACUACAAGAUGUCCGGCUUGUCCAUGGCUGAAGUUCUGGCUCGCGUGGACUGGGCCGUGGACAGUAGAUCGCAGAAGUAUGAGCAGGGAUUAAUCUUUUACAUGAAUCAUUCACUUUAUGAAAACCUGGAAGAAGAAUUAAGCGCCGAGCUAGCAGCCAAAGUGGCGGAGAUGUUUUUCGUGGCAGAGCCGAAGCAGCUGCCCCACAUCCUCUGCUCUCCGUCUAUGAAGAACCUGAACCCUUCAGCUGCCAUGAGCUACCUCAGGAGGCUGGAUUCGUCCCUGUGCUCGUCCGUCUUGGUGACAUUGACCAAGGCCACCAUGGCUCUGAAAAUGGGCGACCUGGACACGUACAGGAACGAAAUGGCAAGCCAUCCCGAGAUGAGCUUGGUGUGCGGCUUCGCCCUGGAGCCCCGACUGCUGAUCCAGCAGAGGAAGGGGAGAAUGGUUCCCACUGAGCUUGCCGGCUACCUGAAGGACACCUGGCCUGGCCUGCUCGUGGCGUCUGUCCUGGGCUCUCUGAGGAACAGCCAGAUCGGAGUGGAAGAAGCAGAUUCCUUCUUCAAGCUGCUUUGCGGGAAGGAGGAAGGCGCCAUCCCGCAGCUCUUGGUCGACUUCUGGGAGGCUCAGCUGGUCGCCUGUAUCCCGGAGGUGGUUCUUCAGGAACUCUUCCUCAAACUCACGUCACAGUACAUAUGGAGACUGGCCAACGGGCAGCCCCCCGACACCACGCCACUGCGCACAGCUGAAGACCUGAUCAGCGCCUGUGGUCACUAUGGCUUGGUCUACCCAUGGGUUAGCAUCUUAAUAUCCUCCGAUUCCUUGCCCGAUAAAAAUUACGCCGAAGACCUUAGGAAAUUGCAGUCUCUCAUAUGUGGUCCUUCGUUUGACAUAGCUUCCAUUCUGCCGUUCUUGGGACCGCUCUCGGAAGCCACGGCUGCGGGCCUCAGCAUCCACAUCCUGUGCCGCACACGCCUGAAAGGGUACGAGCAGUGCCUGGACACACUCCUGGAGCGCUGCCCGGAGGCCGUCAUCCCCUACGCCAACCAUGAGCUGAAGGAGGAGAAUCGGACUUUGUGGUGGAGGAAACUGUUGCCUGAACUUUGCCAGAGAAUCAGACGUGGAGGAGAGAGAUGUCAGCUCUACCUGGCGUCGUUGAAAGAGACACUGUCCGUCGUCGCCGUGGAGCUGGAGCUACGGGACUUCCUGACGGUUCUCCCCGAGGACGGCACGGCUGCCUUUUUCCUGCCCUAUCUCCUCUACUGCAGCCGGAAGAAAGCCCUGACAUGAGGGGCCGUCCGUCGGCAACGAAAGUGCCCCCCCCCCUCGUCCAGUCCGGAGACCGAACCUGGCAAAGGCAAAGCCAGCUCCGACGUCCAUGAAGGGUUCUCGUGCUGAAUAUGUACAAACAGUACCCGGGCUUCUGGCUGCCUCCUGACCACGCGGCAGUAUUAUGGCAUUAUUUUUUUUUCUUAAUUUAUGAACUGAAUUCGUGUCGUUGUCCAGAAUAUUCAAAAGCAGCAAGGCAGAAAAACUUUCUCCAGAAACCUGGUUUUUGUUGUUGUUUUUUUUUUUGUUUGUUUUUUAAGGGACUUUUUUAUUUCAUGGAACAUUACGGUUAUCAGAGAUGGGACACAAUCUUUUUUUCAUCACAGGAACACACAGGACAUUGUGCAAGCAAGCUCGAAAGCGUGUCACUGCGGGGCCUCUGGGUCUUAACCCUGAUUUCCCCAGACUUCUUGACUGGACUGCUUUUUAUUUAAAGUUUGUUUUGUUUUUUCCCCUUUAAGAACGGUGUUAAUGUUCCACCACAGUAAAAGAUUUUAGACUGUGUUUUCCUGGUUC